CAGAGGUUUAUGCUUAUGAACAUAAAAUUUGACCACUGGGUUUUAAAAGUGAUUUAGCUCCGGCGAAGAGUCUCUCCGUGAGAGCGAGCUUGUCCGAUUUGUAAGCACGAGACGGAACCAUGUUGUGCGGAGGCUCACGUGUCUUGCAGCAUUUGUCCGACCACAAUCAUCAUAAUUCGAUUGGUUUAGGAUUAGGGUUUUGUGGUGCUAAGAUUGUGCAGCUCUCUUCAUUCUUUCUCAGGCCUUCUCAGGCUAUGGCGAAGAGUCAUCAUUUCAGCCGUAAAUUGCGUCAGCGGAUGAUUUCUUCAUUUGGGUCUCAUUGCAGAACAUCCGGAGAAGUCCCAAUUCUUCACAAUUGUUUCAGCCAACGAGAAGAUGAUCCUGAGCUUCCAGUUGAAGGGUUAUCUCCAGUGUCAGGAGGCAUUGUUGCUCUAGGGAAGUUUGAUGCCUUACAUAUCGGCCAUCGAGAGCUUACAAUUCAAGCUUCAAGAAUUGGAGCUCCAUAUCUAUUAUCUUUUGUUGGAAUGGCCGAGGUACUUGGUUGGGAGCCCAGGGCACCUAUAGUGGCCAAAUGUGAUCGACAAAGGGUGCUUACCUCUUGGGCCUCAUAUUGUGGAGACAGAGCGCCUGAAGAGUAUGAGAUAGAAUUUGCCAGCGUGCGACAUCUUACCCCACGACAGUUUGUGGAGAAGCUGUCAAAGGAGCUCAGAGUCUGCGGAGUUGUGGCAGGUGAAAAUUACAGAUUUGGAUAUAAAGCGUCUGGUGAUGCCUCUGAGCUAGUGAGACUGUGCGAGGAAUGUGGUAUCACUGCUUGCAUCAUAAACUCUGUGAUGGACAUGAAGCAAGGCUCAGCAAAGAGAGACUCAGGGGACUCAAAAGAUAGAGGGCAAGUCUCUUCUACACGUGUACGCCAAGCUCUUGCGGCGGGAGAUAUGAGGUACGUAUCAGAGCUCCUUGGCAGGGCACAUCGUCUUAUCUUGAGAGUCAGAACCCAAGAUAUGCCAAGUGAAAGGAUGAUCUCAGUCCCGAGAUCAUCAAUACUUAAUUUGCCACCAGGGAUCGGAAUUUAUAAGGCAUGUUUGCUUCUAGUUGGUGAUGAGUCUUCAGUUCCGUGUACCGUAGUUGUUGAUACAUCAAAUAUCCAUGUAGAAACAGAGGAGGUACGACUCUGUAAUUUAGAUUGGUCUCAAGAAUUUCGACUCGUGAGUGUUGAGUUCGGUUGAGUCAAUCUUAGUUCGUAUAAAUUCAUAUUUCUAAGUGUUUGUGUCUCAACUGAAAUUCCUUAGAGAAGCCAAGAGUGAUCUGUUCGCUCCAUCGCCUUAGAGAAGCCAAGAGUGAUCUGUUCGCUCCAUCGUUCACUUUUGUCUUUAAGCGUAUGUUGCUAGACCAGACAUAACAGCAUGGGGACACUUCCAAACCACAAAUUAUGGAUAUUUAGGCCAACCAUGGCAUCCGUUUCAAUUAAGGAAACAUUAGGAGGCAACAGCAAGCUGACAUGGGUGAUUUCGUGGCUGGACAGCGGCAAUGACAAUUGACAAAGACAUGUCUCAGUAGAUACUGAACCAAUCUGUUGUAUGAUGAAACAGGCUGGUGAGUGAAACUCUUUGAUUCUUCUUCGGCUAUGAAUAUAACUCAAGACUGCUCACUUUUCUUCUUAUUUACUUAGGGAAAGAUUGAGCUUAAGAAUCUUAGAGUCUUAUAAAGACUUUUGAAUAGACUCAAUUAGCCUUAAGUAAGCAAUGGUCUUGUGUACUCUGUUUUCAUUGGAGGUGUCGGGGCACAUUACUCUGUGUAUUUCAAGCACAAGGAAAUGGUUUCUUGUGCAGACCCCUCUAGAGUUUCCAUUUGUGUUCAUUGAGAUUUGUAAAGAAAUGAAUUAAUAUAAUCCGAUAUUGUCUACAAUGGAAAAGAAAAAAGAAAUAGAGUUUGUACAGUAAAGAAAUAGAGUGUUUCUAGGACUAUUUUCUGAUCAAUCAAGGAAAGAAGAAAUGAAAUAUUUCUUGUUAAACUCCAUAGUUCCACAGAAAUCGCGGCUUUAUUGCUCUUUGUUAUCUUCAAAGCUCAGUGAAAGAGCCUUCUCAAGGCAAUUGAAAGCUUUCUGGUAGCUCAAGAACCCCAUGAACCAGAAGUCAAAACCAUCGACCGUGACUACUUCUAGGUACUUCUGUGAUGGUUUCUUUGUGUUCUGACUCUGGUUCACUCUGUCGAUCUUGCACAAGGGGAUUGAUACUUUGUAGUGAACCCGGAUUAUGUCUCCUUGAGGGGAAUCCACCUUUAUUGAUCUCUCGCUGCAGAACGCCAUUUUCUUGGAAGAGAUGAAGAGAAGGCCGGCUAUGGGACCCGCGGUUGUCGACAAGUAACACUGGUACAUUUUGAACAGUUUCUCACCUUCACUAACUCUAAAGAGCCGCUUGAAGAUCUUCUCUAAACCUCCAACCUGAAGAAUCCUAGCGCCCAAAGAUAGCUUUCUCUUCACAGUUUCGGUUAGCUUUGGUCUUAUCUUGCUCUGGUCUCUAACUCCGUUGGUGAACCCAUCAGUUUUCUUCCUUUUAAGAAUCGAUUUUACGUUGCCUGUCAAAAAAAAAAAAUCAAUCCUGUUAGCUUUCAAGUUUUCCAGGGACAAAACAAUAUGAAUUAGAGGGUAACUAAAUAGGUACUAACUUUGUUCAGAUUUCUUGGAAGAAGCCGGAACUCGGAACUUGUUAAAUGAAGCCGGAUCAGGUAAGUAACCCACGGGAGUAGCCUUUGCGGCCGGAUAUCUAAUGACUUGUUGUUCAACUCUGCUCAUGUUCAUCUUUAGAGGAUUGAGUAAUUGAUCUAGAUCUUGAAUCUUGAGGUUGUGUGAUAAGGAAAAUGAAGCUGAUUGAUGAAAUGGUUUGGUGCAGGCUAAGGUAUAUAAAGGGCAAUGAAAAGCAAAGAUAGUGAAUCUUUUGUGACUUGACCGUAGGAUGAGUCAUGAAUGGGUCAUCAACAAUUCAGCAAAAGGGAAAUAAAGCUUUUAUAUAUAUCUUAACUUGAAUCUUUUUUGGGGAUUA